AUGGAACGGCUAGAAAUCGUCCAUGUGGAUCCGGUUGGAAAGGGGCGACGAGACAACAACCCAAGGAAACCACAACAAAGGGGCGGCCCGAGGAAGCCGGGGCUCCCCACCGUCCAGUUCAUCAACACUAUUCACCCAAGCGAAAGCGCCAGCCCGCGCAGCCUGACCUUGAUCCGAUCGCACGUGGCCAAGCAUGCCCGGGCCCUUCAACGGGAACGGAGGCAGCAGGCGCAGCUCGUGCCGCCGCCGAGGACGCCGCCGCUAAGAGUGGAGAUCCGCUCUCGGCCACUGCAACGACAUGACAGCGAAACGCGACAACAAACACAAGAAAGUGACUCCAACGAGGAAGAGCCCAUCAAUCAAAAUGACCAGAUGAACGAAGUUCGUCCGGGCAAACGCCACGGGACUCAGGCCAGAUGGCGCCAGCUGCCCGCCAGUGAGACGACAAUGCUGCUGGACCCAGACGACGAAGAGUUACUCCUUAUACGGAAUCGGGCGCCUAGUCCUAUACAGCUGAUUGGGGGCGCUCGGGGAGAUGCCCAUCACGGAUUCGCAAGGCCACUCUCGAAUGACGAGCAAUAUCUCUUUGACUUUUACUUCGACUACGUCAUCAUGUAUGGCUACCAGGCUUGCCACCACAAAGAGGAUGCCACCGCAUUCGCUGCCGCCAUGAGGACUGUCUGGGUUCCUUUCGCCAUGACCGAGCCUAGUCUAAUGGCCGCCAUCUUCCAUGUGGCGUGCCGAAACUACGCCAGCAUCACGGACAACACCAACACAACGAAAUUCACACUCCAAAAGUUGCAGUAUCGCCAGAUGUGCCUGAACAUGGCAAUGGAAGCGAUCGCUUCUGAGGAGAUAGCCACCGAUGCGACAAUUUCACUAGCUUUGCUCAUGGCGUCUGAAUCAUACUUUGAAGGGGAUGUUGAAGCCUUUUGUGCGCACGGCAGAGGGAUCAUCAAGAUGGUCGCGGGCAGAGGUGGGCUCAAGUCAUUAGGCUUGUAUGGAUUUCUGAGGAAACUCGUGGGGUGGUCGAUAUACAAUCCGAAAAACUACAUAGUGCUGGGUCCGGAAGAGCAGGAUUGA